UUGACGAGUAAUAGUGACAUAGUAAGGUUGUGUCAGUACGAAAAGAAUAAGGCAAACGAUACGGAAAUCGUCGUAAGUUGCGAAAGUACCCCGUCGCGUGUUAUUCAAAUACAUUUAUAUUCUUUUUCGUUUUGAUAUAUGACUUUGGUUCGUGUCAGUUGUACGCGAUGUCCUUCGUAGUAAGUAGUCGCCGCCAAUUCGGGGGCUGACAUUCGAGAUUUACUGUGUUAAAAGGACGAGGAAGUGGAAUAGCAACAUAGAGCCGGGGUUUCCUCGGACAUGUCCCAGUGCAAGAAAUUCGCCCCGAACAUCUUCCACAAGACCAAGUGCUCGAACUGCUUCCGUCAGAAAGAGGAGCACUCGGCAGAGGCGCUGGAAUGCAACCGAGCGAGUAGAUCGAUUGCAAGAAGUGGAUACCUUUUUGUCGCACCAGAUUGGGAUUUUUCAGUACCUUUAAACAGAACAAAGAGAUGGCAGAGGAGAUGGUUCGUGCUGUACGACGACGGCGAGCUGAAUUAUUCAGUGGACGAACACCCAGAUACCGUCCCUCAAGGUUCAGUCGACAUGUCAAAAGUAUUGGAGGUAACCGGAGCAGAACAAAUAACUGGUCACCCUCAUUCCCUAGCUUUGACAGGUCCUGAUAGGGUGACAUUUGUCAAAGCUGCCAGCAGGGAAGACGCAAGAUGGUGGGCCGAGUUGCUUGCAGUUUUUCCAAGGCGACAUAAAAGAAACGCAACUUUUCCCGGCGGAAGAGCUUCGCCAAGUUUACCCCAAUUGGGGAGAAGUGCUUCACCUCAACCCCCAAGACCCAGACAUUUAUCUUGUACCGGACCAAGUCCUCGUACAAACUUUACAACUCCUCCGUUAAAAGAGGAAAGAGAAUCCCCAUCGAAAGAAGAUGCCUCAAGACCCGUUUGGCUUCCGGAACCAACUAAUACUUUAACAAUUGACACUACACCACCACCGAGAACAGAUUAUGUGGUUACAUCUGGUUCACCACCAACCAGAGAUAAACUAAGGUGCGAAGAAAAAGCUAAAACGAGAAGGGACUGGAGACAUGAAAGGUUACGAGAUAUUGCAACUGCUCUUACAGAUCGUUCACCCGAAUCUAGUUUAGCUUUACCAGCCGAAGGUUUAUUAAAUCUUAAAAAGGGUUGGCUUUGGUAUAAAGAAAAAGGAACCGAUAACGAAUGGUUAAGACGUUGGUGGGUUCUUUGCGGACCAACUCUAAUAGCUUAUUGCGAUCAAGACGAACAAGGUACUCCAGAACUGACAAUAGAACUUUCAUCUGUAACCGAUUGCACGGAAGUCCUGACAGACACUCGUUACGGUUUUCAAAUACAAUGGAGCGGCCACACACUUAUUUUAGCAGCAGUAACAUCCGGUAUACGAUCGAAUUGGUUACAAUCAUUAAAAAAGGCUACACCGAUGACUUUAUCGGUUGAAAGUCCCGUCUCAACGCCGGCAACUCCCCGCUCAGCAUUGUUUUCUAGUGAUGAAGAGUAUCGGACGGCUUCCGAAGGCGGAAGAAGGGAUUCUGGUGAUUGGGGCGAUUUACCACCAAGUCCGCCGUUAAGUAGAACAGCGUUAGCUAAGGUUAAGGAACGAACGAGAAUUAGGCCGAAAUUACCAAGAAGUCAAAGCAGACAAAGUACGAUCGACAGUGUAUCUACAGACGAAUUGGAUGGGUUUAAAGAGCCAGACGAGGUUGAUUACAAAAAUAUGAUUAAUAAGCAAACGGUGGAAGUCGAUGGGCUAAGAAAACAACUUUCGAACGCUUUGAGUGAAAUUCAACACCUAGAAUCUGAAUUAACGAGGUAUAAAAAAAUCCAAAUGGAAUCAGUGGUAAGAGAAAAACAAGAAAAGGAAAUAAUUCAAAACUUAGAAAAAUCCGAACGAGAAUUAAACCAAAAAUUAAAUCAAUUAGAAGAAAGACAUCUCAAAGAACAAAACGGUUUGCAUAAUCGUUUAAUAGAAAUUGAAUCAAUCGCAACGGAAAACGAAGAAAAAUAUUUAUACACAUCAAAGGAGUUACAAACAAAUCAAAAAUUAGUAUGUUCGUUACAAGAAGAAUUAAAAUUAUUAAAUGAUCGUCACGCAAAAAAUCGACAAGAGAACGAUAAAUUAUAUAAAAAAUUACAAGAAAUGGAAUGCAAACCUCACACAAGAAGAAAACGACUCGACUCGCUCACCGAUUUGACCGACAUCAAUUUGGAUAUGGACCUAGACAAUUUGAACCAUAACGAAUUAAUCGAACAAUGUCUCGAUCUUCGCAGCAGGUUCGAAAAGGCCGUAGUCGAAAUACGAGUCUUAAAAAGAGAACUCCGAGAAUCCCAUGUUAAAUACGAUCAUCUCGAAUUGCAAAAUAUGGGUCUCAAAAAAAGUAUUGAAAUGGCGGAACAAGAAGCUCAGGCACAAUCGGCUUUAAUGGCCGAUAGAGUACAAGAUUUAACGGCUAAAUUAGCCACGGUUGAAAGACAAGCUAGAACAUUAAAAUCGAAACUUCAAGAUUCUAGGGAAAAACGAAGAUCGUUAUCAUUAAAAGGACGCGAAAAUUUUUCAAUAAAUAAAGAAGUUGAAGAUAAAAUAACCGAACUUGAAGCCAAAAUCAUGACGAUAGAACGUGAUAAAUGGCGUAGAAAACAUCGCCGUGAGCGUAGUAGCGAAAGAGGAUCACCAAUUGAUGAUCGAUCUUUACGCCGAAUUCGUAGAAAAUCGCUUGAUAGCGCAACAUCCUCAGAACCGAUGAAGCUUCUAAUGCGAUUAAGUAACUUAGAAGGGAAAGUGUCGGGUGUAACCACUUCUAAUGAAAGUAUAAAUACAUCUUCAGGAGUGUUUGGACAAAGUGAGAAGCAAGAUGAUAAAAAUUUAUGUUGCGAAAGUAUUAUUACGGCGGCAAAUGAAAAAUUAAACGAUUGUAAAAACGUUUUGGGUUCGAUAAAAUUAAGUGGCGGUGAGAAAUUAAUGAAUUUAGAAACUAAUUUAUGUGAAUUGGGUGAAAUUUUGGGUAGGACAAUUAACGAAAAUGAAUUUAAUGUUGUGAAAUUAUCUGCUGGCAGUGUUGUUAAACAAUUAGAGUGUUUAUUAAGGGAGAAAUUAAAAAGUUUAUACGAAAAAAGAAGAAUACUUCAAGAAUCGAAUGAAUUAAACGAUCAAACAAGAAUAGAAUUAUUAGCCGAAAAAUUAGCUUACGAAAAUUUAAUUAUCGAACGUAUUCAACAAGCUGUACAAAUGUCAACUUUAGAUGAUAAUUACUCCGAAAGACUGUUAAAUAAAGAAGCUAUCGAAACGACGAAUUUAUUACAUAGCUUAAGAUCAAAAUUAAACGGAAGCGGCAAAAAACAACCUCCAAUUUAUAAAACAAGCAUGGAUUAUUUAACGAAAGUUUUAACAAGAAGAUUAUUAAUAACUCAACAUAAAUAUCACUUUACAAGAACAAAUAAAAUCACAAAUUUCAAUCAAUUCAUCAAACUGUUAGAAGAAGAACAAUCUAAAAUAAAUAAUUUAUUAAAUAAUUACAAAUCAAAUAAAUUACCUCAACUUUCUGAAGCGUUGGCAAUUGAAACCAUUAAUCUAGCCACAGAUCAAACGUGUCACAUUAAAUCUUUCGAUAAAGAUUUAAUAAAUGACAUGUGGAAAGCGGCUAAAGAAAUUGUCAAUACAGAAUUAAUUCAAUCGGAAAUUAACCAUACUUUAAUACGAACCGCUCAAUUGUAUGAAGAACAAUCAAGCUCAGACCAAAGCAAUUUCUUUAGUUUUUACGCAUACGAAAGAGCGGCAUUGGAAUUAUGGUCUGAUUCCGUUGAAAGUAGACUCCGAGUUGAAAUGGAUAAAAACAUUGAAGAACUCACCGAAAACUACAAACAAAGCCUACAAAAAUUACAAAGACAAAAUUGGCGAAGAAGAUUAGAAUCCGAACGAUCAACCAUCAACGUAAACACAUUAUUAAACGAAUACGCCGAUAUCAUUGCACACAAAUCGCUUAUCGACGCGAGAAUUUCCGUUUUAAAAUCAGAAUUUUCAUUUCAAAACGAAAAUCACAACGCGGGUAACACCAUCCAAGAAAAUCUAAUUGAAUAUUUACAAAACGAUAAAGCAUUCGAUUUUGGCGAAGAAUCCAAUAUUAAAUCCAUUGCAAGUUUGGAAGCCGAAUUUCGGUGUUUAUUCCAACAAUAUUCAAUGGAAUGUUCGGAUUCUUUGGCUAGAAUGGAUUUGAUGGACGCUAGAAGUGCAUUACAAGAUUUAUCGAAAGAAGUAUUCGAAUUGGCGUGUUUCUGUAGCUGCGGGAAGUACGAAGAAAAAAUCGAAAUUUAUAACAUUCAAGAUGUUUGUAGGAAAUGUGUUGAAUUAAGGGGAAGAUUAAAUGAAAUUAAACAAGUUAUUUAUGAAAUUAAACGUACUAGAAGGUCGGACGACGAAGAUAGAAAACCACUCUAUCUCGGCACAGAGUACCUAAAUCAAGUAGAAAACCUUCGAGCAGCUUAUAGACGUACACUUACAGAAUGUGAAAAUCAUAAACAACAAGCUGAUUUGGAGCAAUUACAAUUUCUUUGUGAGCAAGUCCUAGUCGCCAUGGAACACUGGCAUCGCAGGACUUUGCAAGAUUUAAGAGAACAACAUUCGCGUGAGCUGCAAGCGUUAAAACAGGACAAAGAGCAAGCGUUGGCGGAGGAAACCCAAGCGACUUUGGCGGCUUUGGACGCGAUGCGGAAAGCUCAUGAAGCGGAAGUUCAAAGGGAAGUGGCCCGAUUUAAGCAGGAUUUUGCGCGGGAACAACAAGAUGAACUUUUAGAAUUAACCGAACGAUUGUCUGUGAAAUGUUUGGAAGCUGCUGCUUUGGAGGAACAAUUGGGGAGCGCUACCAGACAGUUAGCGCACGCUCAACAGCAUAUUUUACAAUUGGAACGAAACCCCCAGCUCUCUCUGCAGAAUUGACGGGUUUUCGUAAGAUUGGUUAAAAAAAAGAAAAUUGUAUAAAAAGCCACCUCUACUAGUCUGAAGUAAGCCUCAUAUGAAUGUACCAGUGUAUAUUAAUCACCACGUUGUGUACAGUUUAUUGCACCUUUUUAUAUUAUUACCCUUCACGCAGACCACUUUAAAAUAAAAGAGAAAUAUAAAAUUUAAAAAAAAUUUAACCAAAACCUUUAUUAAUUAUUAAGGGUUUUAAUAAUGUUAUACGAUGUAGUCUCGACUACCGUCUUUUAAUUUCUUCUUGUACAAAUCCCAACUCUAUUGAUUUUUCCCCUCUUUUGCCUUCAAAUAUACCCUAACUGUAAUUGUUUAUACUAUUUUAUGUGUUGGGUUUAAAUUGGAUUGUUUAUAUUAUUAUUAUUAUUAUACGUAUGAAAUAAUAAAAAGUAUAUUGCGAGUUCUAAUA